UUUCUCCACCCCAAGUGUCGACCCCUGCUACAACUAUACCAGUCUGGAUGAGCCUUGGAGAUCCACAGACAAUUCUUCCUUUAACUACUAUGGCAUGUGUGAUUAUAAUGUGGAGUGGAAUGGCUGGUACAGGAUGUUCUACAAUGGUGAAAAUGCUCAGAUGCCAGAAUCAUGUGUAAAUCAGUACACGUGUGGCACUUCUGAACCACUGACGCUCAACGGCGCUCACCCACAGCUGGAGGAUGGAGUGGUCACCCGUCAGGUCUGUGUUUCCUCACAGGAUGGCUGCUGUUCUUACACAUCCCAUCCUAUAAGAGUCAAAGCCUGUCCAGGAAAUUACUACGUUUAUGAGUUUGUCAAGCCAACGGUUUGUGGAGCUUACUGUGUUGAUGCCCCAAACCAGUCCAUCUCAUCAACAACAGAGACGAUCCCAUCCAUAGGAUCCAUUACUCCACCAAUCACAACCACUGCUCCCCCUGUUGACCCCUGCUACAACUACACUAUCCUGGAUGAUUCAUGGAGAGCCACCAACAAUCAACAUUCCUCUCAGAUAAUGUGUGACACUUGGGUCAGCUGGAACGGCUGGUACCGUCUCUUUAUUCAGGGUCAGAGCGUUCAGAUGCCGGACACAUGUGUUGAUGAGUAUAGUUGUGGCACUCAUGCUCCUCUGUGGCUGAACGGAGGACAUCCAACAGUUGAGGAUGGAGUGGUCACUCGAGAUGUCUGCGGUCACUGGAGCAAUAACUGCUGCUAUUUCCAGUCCAAUCCCAUUAAAGUCAAAGCCUGUCCAGGAGAUUAUUAUGUCUAUGAGUUUGUGAGGCCAACUUCCUGCAGUUUGGCAUACUGUGCAGAUUCAAGCAACAUAACCACUACCACUACUACUGUCAUGCCAGAGACAACUACAACCAUGGACACUACGACUGAAUCUACAACUGAUCCAUGCUAUGAUUAUAACACUCUUGAUGAAUCCUGGAGAGACAUACGGCAGAGCCCAUUUCAGUACUAUGAAUAUGACGACACUCUUGUUGAAUGGGGCGGCUGGUAUCGGCUGUAUCUGAAUGGAGAAAGUGCCCAGAUGUCUGAGUGGUGUGUGAGUUAUGUGGGAUGUGGAGGUCAGACUGCACUGUCUCUCAACGGUUCUCAUCCAACACUUGAGGAUGGAGUGGUGACCCGUGGAGUCUUGGGGACUUAUUCAUGGUAUUGGUGGUAUUCCAAUCAGUGUGGCGCCUACAGUUCCUCAUCCAUCCGAGUCAAAGCCUGUCCAGGAGAUUAUUACGUCUAUGAAUUUGUCAAACCCAUCAUAUCAUCCCCCCAGCCUAUGUACUGUGCAGUUGCUUUCCAAAGCAUCAGCAGUGAUCCCUGCUACAACUAUGAGUCUCUGGAUCGUCCCUGGAGAGCCAACAAUGAAAGUGGAGGUGAAAUUUGUGAUGACAUGUUCUCCUGGAAUGGCUGGUACCGGCUUUUCUACUAUGGAAUGGACAUCCGGAUGUCAGAGACCUGCAUUAGUACAUUCACCUGUAACACAUACUAUAAUCUGUGGCUCAGUGAUCCUCACCCUCAGAUAGAGGAUGGAGUGGUGAUCAGGGAGAUCUGUGGAGGGGCUUAUUGGGGAAGCUGCUGUGAUUACAAGUUUAAACCCAUCAGAGUGAAAGCGUGUCCAGGCAAUUACUAUGUCUAUGAACUUGUGAAUCAAGCUUGGUGGUGUUCAGGAUACUGCACAGAUGUCAGCACUAUUUCACAGGCGGUUUCCACUGUGAGUCCAGAUAUAUUCACUGGAUCCACCAUCAACUUGAAUUAUGACCCGUGUAAUAACUACAACACACUCGACAACUACUGGAGAAGCACAUUCAAUUACUGGUAUAUAUAUGGAUACAUAAUUGAUCAUGAUGACACUCGUGUAGAAUGGGACGGCUGGUAUCGACUCUUCAUUGAUGGAUCAAGUGCUCAGAUGCCUGAGUGGUGUUUUAAUUCUAUGGCAUGUGGAGGUUUUAGUUCUCUGUAUCUUGGUGACUCUCAUCCUCGGCUAGAAGAUGGAGUUGUUACUCGUGAAGUUUACGGCUCCCGUGAUUAUCAGUGCAGUCGCUACAGAUCCGACCCAAUCCAAGUCAAAGCUUGUCCUGGAAAUUAUUAUGUCUACAAAUUUACCAGACCAACUCUUUCAAUCCCAGCUCCUGUAUAUUGUGCAGUGUCUUUCUCCACCCCAAGUGUCGACCCCUGCUACAACUAUACCAGUCUGGAUGAGCCUUGGAGAUCCAUUGGCAACUAUUAUAAUGGCCAUACCUACGAUGGCAUGUGUGAUUAUAAUGUGGAGUGGAAUGGCUGGUACAGGAUGUUCUACAAUGGUGAAAAUACUCAGAUGCCAGAAUCAUGUGUAAAUCGGUACACGUGUGGCACUUAUGAACCACUGACGCUCAACGGCUCGCACCCACAGCUGGAGGAUGGAGUGGUCACCCGUCAGGUCUGUGUCUCCUUAUGGGGUGACUGCUGUUCUUACACAUCCCACCCUAUAAGAGUCAAAGCCUGUCCAGGAAAUUACUACGUUUAUGAGUUUGUCAAGCCAAUAUUUUGUGGAGCUUACUGUGUUGAUGCCUCAAACCAGUCCAUCUCAUCUACAACAGAGACGAUCCCAUCCAUAGGAUCCAUUACUCCACCAAUCACAACCACUGCUUUCCCUGUUGACCCCUGCUACUACUACAAUAUCCUGGAUGAUUCAUGGAGAGCCACCAACAAUCAACAUUCCUCUCAGAUAAUGUGUGACACUGCGGUCAGCUGGAACGGCUGGUACCGUCUCUUCAUUCAGGGUCAGAGCGUUCAGAUGCCGGACACAUGUGUUGAUGAGUAUAGUUGUGGUACUAAUGCUCCUCUGUGGCUGAACGGAGGACAUCCAACAGUUGAGGAUGGAGUGGUCACUCGAGAUGUCUGCGGUCACUGGAGCAAUAACUGCUGCUAUUUCCAGUCCAAUCCCAUUAAAGUCAAAGCCUGUCCAGGAGAUUUUUAUGUCUAUGAGUUUGUGAGCCCAACUACCUGCCAUUUGGCAUACUGUGCAGAUUCAAGCAACAUAACCACAACCACUACUACUGUCAUGCCAGAGACAACCACAACCGAAACUACAACAACAGAAACUACAACCAUGGACACUACGACUGAACCAACAACUGAUCCAUGCUAUGAUUAUAUCACUCUUGAUGAAUCCUGGAGAGACAUACGGCAAAGCUCAAAUCAGAACUAUGGAUUUGAUGACACUCUUGUUGAAUGGAGCGGCUGGUAUCGGCUGUAUCUGAAUGGAGAAAGUGCCCAGAUGUCUGAGUGGUGUGUGAGUAAUGUGGGAUGUGGAGGUCAAACUGCACUGUCUCUCAACGGUUCUCAUCCAACACUUGAGGAUGGAGUGGUGACCCGUGAAGUCUUGGGGAGUAAUGCAUGGUAUUGGUGGUAUUCCAAUCAGUGUGGCGCCUACAAUUCCUCAUCCAUCCGAGUCAAAGCCUGUCCAGGAGAUUAUUACGUCUAUGAGUUUGUCAAACCCGUCAUAUCAUCCCCCCAGCCUAUGUACUGUGCAGUUGCUUUCCAAAACAUCAGCAGUGAUCCCUGCUACAACUAUGAGUCUCUGGAUCGUCCCUGGAGAGCCAACAAUGAAAUCGGAGAUACCGUUUGUGAUGAAGGUUUCUCCUGGAAUGGCUGGUACCGGCUUUUCUACUAUGGAAUGGACAUCCGGAUGUAUGAGACCUGUAUUAGUUCAUACAGCUGUAACACAUACUUUAAUCUGAGGCUCAAUGAUCCUCACCCUCAGAUAGAGGAUGGAGUGGUGAUCAGGGAGAUCUGUGGAGGGUCUUAUUGGGGAAGCUGCUGUGAAUACAAGACAACCCCCAUCAGAGUGAAAGCGUGUCCAGGCAAUUACUAUGUCUAUGAACUUGUGAAUCCACAAAUAUGGUGUUCAGGAUACUGCACAGAUGUCAGCACUAUUUCACAGGCGGUUUCCACUGUGAGUCCAGAUAUAUUCACUGGAUCCACCAUCACCUUGAAUUAUGACCCGUGUAAUAACUACAACACACUCGACAACUACUGGAGAAGCACACUCAAUUACUGGUUUAUGUAUGGACUCAUAAUUGAUCAUGAUGACACUCGUGUAGAAUGGGACGGCUGGUAUCGACUCUUCAUUAAUGGAUCAAGUGCUCAGAUGCCUGAGUGGUGUAUGUCUUACCUGUCAUGUGGAGGUUUUAGUUCUCUGUAUCUUGGUGACUCUCAUCCACGGCUAGAAGAUGGAGUUGUUACUCGUGAAGUUUAUGGUACUCACUAUGAUCAGUGCAGUCGCUACAGAUCCGACCCAAUCCAAGUCAAAGCUUGUCCUGGAAAUUAUUAUGUCUACAAAUUUACCAGACCACCUCUUUCAAUCCCAGCUCCUGUAUAUUGUGCAGUGCCUUUCUCCACCCCAAGUGUCGACCCCUGCUACAACUAUACCAGUCUGGAUGAGCCUUGGAGAUCCACAGACAACUAUUACUAUAAUAACUAUUACAACUACGGCAUGUGUGAUUUUAAUGUGGAGUGGAAUGGCUGGUACAGGAUGUUCAACAAUGGUGAAAAUACUCAGAUGCCAGAAUCAUGUGUAAAUCCGUACAUGUGUGGCACUUAUGAUCCACUGACGCUCAACGGCGCUCACCCACAGCUGGAGGAUGGAGUGGUCACCCGUCAGGUCUGUGUCUCCUCAUGGGAUGACUGCUGUACUUACACAUCCCACCCUAUAAGAGUCAAAGCCUGUCCAGGAAAUUACUACGUUUAUGAGUUUGUCAAGCCAAUAUUUUGUGGAGCUUACUGUGUUGAUUCCUCAAACCAGUCCAUCUCAUCAACAACAGAGACGAUCCCAUCCAUAGGAUCCAUUACUCCACCAAUCACAACCACUGCUCCCCCUGUUGACCCCUGCUACAACUACACUAUCCUGGAUGAUUCAUGGAGAGCCACCAACAAUCAACAUUCCUCUCAGAUAAUGUGUGACGCUUGGGUCAGCUGGAACGGCUGGUACCGUCUCUUCAUUCAGGGUCAGAGCGUUCAGAUGCCGGACACAUGUGUUGAAGAGUAUAGUUGUGGCACUCAUGCUCCUCUGUGGCUGAACGGAGGACAUCCAACAGUUGAGGAUGGAGUGGUCACUCGAGAUGUCUGCGGUCACUGGAGCAAUAACUGCUGCUAUUUCCAGUCCAAUCCCAUUAAAGUCAAAGCCUGUCCAGGAGAUUAUUAUGUCUAUGAGUUUGUGAGCCCAACUACCUGCCAUUUGGCAUACUGUGCUGAUUCAAGCACCAUAAACACUACUACCACUGUCAUGCCAGAGACAACCACAACCGAAACUACAACAACUGAAACUACAACUAUGGACAAUACAACGGAACCAACAACUGAUCCAUGCUAUGAUUAUAACACUCUUGAUGAAUCCUGGAGAGACAUACGGCAAAGCCCAUUUCAGUACUAUGAAUAUGAUGACACUCUUGUUGAAUGGAGCGGCUGGUAUCGGCUGUAUCUGAAUGGAGAAAGUGCCCAGAUGUCUGAGUGGUGUGUGAGUUAUGUGGGAUGUGGAGGUCAAACUGCACUGUAUAUCAGCGGUUCUCAUCCAACACUUGAGGAUGGAGUGGUGACCCGUGAUGUCGUGGGAACUAAUGCAUUUUGGUAUUGGGGGGAGUAUUACAGUUAUUGUGGCGUCUACAGUUCCUCAUCCAUCCGAGUCAAAGCCUGUCCAGGAGAUUAUUACGUCUAUGAGUUUGUCAAACCCAUCAUAUCAUCCCCCCAGCCUAUGUACUGUGCAGUUACUUUCCAAAGCAUCAGCAGUGAUCCCUGCUACAACUAUGAGUCUCUGGAUCGUCCCUGGAGAGCCAACAAUGAAAGUGGAGAUAGCAUUUGUGAUGAAGGUUUCUCCUGGAAUGGCUGGUACCGGUUUUUCUACUAUGGAAUGGACAUCCGGAUGUAUGAGACCUGUAUUAGUACAUUCGCCUGUAACACAAAAUUUAAUCUGAGGCUCAGUGGUCCUCACCCUCAGAUAGAGGAUGGAGUGGUGAUCAGGGAGGUUUGUGCAGGGUAUUAUUGGGGAAGCUGCUGUGAUUACCUGACAACCCCCAUCAGAGUGAAAGCGUGUCCAGGCAAUUACUAUGUCUAUGAACUUGUGAAUCCACAAAUAUGGUGUUCAGGAUACUGCACAGAUGUCAGCACUAUUUCAAAGGCGGUUUCCACUGUGAGUCCAGAUAUAUUCACUGGAUCCACCAUCAACUUGAAUUAUGACCCGUGUAAUAACUACAACACACUCGACAACUACUGGAGAAGCACACUCAAUUACGGGUAUAUAUAUGGACACAUAAUUGAUCAUGAUGACACUCGUGUAGAAUGGGACGGCUGGUAUCGACUCUUCAUUGAUGGAUCAAGUGCUCAGAUGCCUGAGUGGUGUUUUUAUUACAUGUCAUGUGGAGGUUAUAGUUCUCUGUAUCUUGGUGACUCUCAUCCUCGACUAGAAGAUGGAGUUGUUACUCGUGAAGUUUACGGCUCCCGUUAUGAACAGUGCAGUCGCUACAGAUCCGACCCAAUCCAAGUCAAAGCUUGUCCUGGAAAUUAUUAUGUCUACAAAUUUACCAGACCAACUCUUUCAAUCCCAGCUCCUGUAUAUUGUGCAGUGCCUUUCUCCACCCCAAGUGUCGACCCCUGCUACAACUAUACCAGUCUGGAUGAGCCUUGGAGAUCCACUGACAACUAUUACUAUAAUAACUAUUACAACUAUGGCAUGUGUGAUUAUAAUGUGGAGUGGAAUGGCUGGUACAGGAUGUUCAACAAUGGUGAAAAUGCUCAGAUGCCAGAAUCAUGUGUAAAUCAGUACAUGUGUGGCACUGAUAAUCCACUGUCACUCAACGGCGCUCACCCACAGCUGGAGGAUGGAGUGGUCACCCGUCAGGUCUGUGUCUCCUCAUGGAGUGGCUGCUGUUCUUACACAUCCCAUCCUAUAAGAGUCAAAGCCUGUCCAGGAAAUUACUACGUUUAUGAGUUUGUCAAGCCAAUGGUUUGUGGAGCUUACUGUGUUGAUGCCCCAAACCAGUCCAUCUUACCAACAUCAGAGACGAUCCCAUCCAUAGGAUCCAUUACUCCACCAAUCACAACCACUGCUCCCCCUGUUGACCCCUGCUACAACUACACUAUCCUGGAUGAUUCAUGGAGAGCCACCAACAAUCAACAUUCCUCUCAGAUAAUGUGUGACACUGCGGUCAGCUGGAACGGCUGGUACCGUCUCUUCAUUCAGGGUCAGAGCGUUCAGAUGCCGGACACAUGUGUUGAUGAGUAUAGUUGUGGCACUCAUGCUCCUCUGUGGCUGAACGGAGGACAUCCAACAGUUGAGGAUGGAGUGGUCACUCGAGAUGUCUGCGGUCACUGGAGCAAUAACUGCUGCUAUUUCCAAUCCAAUCCCAUUAAAGUCAAAGCCUGUCCAGGAGAUUAUUAUGUCUAUGAGUUUGUGAGGCCAACUGCCUGCCAUUUGUCAUACUGUGCUGAUUCAAGCAACAUAAACACUACUACCACUGUCAUGCCAGAGACAACCACAACCGAAACUACAACAACUGAAACUACAACUAUGGACAAUACAACGGAACCCACAACUGAUCCAUGCUAUGACUAUAUCAUUGUUGAUGAAUCCUGGAGAGACAUACGGCAAAGCCCAUUUCAGAACUAUGGAUUUGAUGACACUCUUGUUGAAUGGAGCGGCUGGUAUCGGCUGUAUCUGAAUGGAGAAAGUGCCCAGAUGUCUGAGUGGGGUGUGAGUUUUGUGGGAUGUGGUGGACAAACUGCACUGUCUCUCAGCGGUUCUCAUCCAACACUUGAGGAUGGAGUGGUGACCCGUGGAGUCGUGGGAAAUUAUUGGUGUUAUUGGGGGGAGUCAUACAAUUAUUGUGGCUCCUACAGUUCCUCAUCCAUCCUAGUCAAAGCCUGUCCAGGAGAUUAUUACGUCUAUGAGUUUGUCAAACCCGUCAUAUCAGCCCCCCAGCCUAUGUACUGUGCAGUUGCUUUCCAAAGCAUCAGCAGUGAUCCCUGCUACAACUAUGAGUCUCUGGAUCGUCCCUGGAGAGCCAACAAUGAAAGUGGAAAUUACAUUUGUGAUGAAGGUUUCUCCUGGAAUGGCUGGUACCGGCUUUUCUACAAUGGAAUGGACAUCCGGAUGUAUGAGACCUGUUUUAGUUCAUACAGCUGUAACACAUACAUCAAUCUCAGGCUCUUUAGUCCUCACCCUCAGAUAGAGGAUGGAGUGGUGAUCAGGGUGAUCUGUGGAUCGUCUUAUUGGGGAAGCUGCUGUGAUUACAUGACAACCCCCAUUAGAGUGAAAGCGUGUCCAGGCAAUUACUAUGUCUAUGAACUUGUGAAUCCAAAACUUGGGUGUACAGGAUACUGCACAGAUGUCAACACUAUUUCACAGGCGGUUUCCACUGUGAGUCCAGAUAUAUUCACUGGAUCCACCAUCAACUUGAAUUAUGACCCGUGUAAUAACUACAACACACUCGACAACUACUGGAGAAGCACACUCAAUUACUGGUCUACUUAUGGAUACAUAUUUGAUAAUGAUGACACUCGUGUAGAAUGGGACGGCUGGUAUCGACUCUUCAUUGAUGGAUCAAGUGCUCAGAUGCCUGAGUGGUGUUAUAAAUAUAUGUCAUGUGGAGGUUUUAGUUCUCUGUGGCUUGAUGGCUCUCAUCCUCGACUAGAAGAUGGAGUUGUUACUCGUGAAGUUUACGGCUCCAGUAAUGAUCAGUGCGGUCGCUACAGAUCCGACCCAAUCCAAGUCAAAGCUUGUCCUGGAAAUUAUUAUGUCUACAAAUUUACCAGACCAACUCUUUCAAUCCCAGUUCCUGUAUAUUGUGCAGUGUCUUUCUCCACCCCAAGUGUCGACCCCUGCUACAACUAUACCAGUCUGGAUGAGCCUUGGAGAUCCACAGACAACUAUAACUACUAUCGCAUGUGUGAUUAUAAUGUGGAGUGGAAUGGCUGGUACAGGAUGUUCAACAAUGGUGAAAAUGCUCAGAUGCCAGAAUCAUGUGUAAAUCAGUACACGUGUGGCACUGAUAAUCCACUGACGCUCAACGGCGCUCACCCACAGCUGGAGGAUGGAGUGGUCACCCGUCAGGUCUGCAUCUCCUCAUGGGGUGACUGCUGUACUUACACAUCCCAUCCUAUAAGAGUCAAAGCCUGUCCAGGAAAUUACUACGUUUAUGAGUUUGUCAAGCCAAUGAUUUGUGGAGCUUACUGUGUUGAGACGAUCCCAUCCAUAGGAUCCAUUACUCCACCAAUCACAACCACUGAUGUGAGAGAUCGCUGUUCUGAACUCAGCUGCUCUGAGGAUGAAUGGUGUGGGAAGAAAAAUGGUGUUUAUGGCUGUUUAUGUAAUGAAGACCAUCACAGACCACAACCUGACUCUUUUGAUUUCUCGGAAACCUGUGAAAGCAGCUCUGGCUCCAUAUCUGUGUCUCGCUGUCAGCUCUUUGAGGCUGGUUUUCCAGCUGAUGUCUUACACCUCAAUGAUCCCGACUGCAAAGGAACGGUCCGGAACGGCCGAGUGGAAUUCCUCUUUGAUAAUGAUGAACACAUCUGUGGAACAAAUCUUGUGGCUAACGGCACCCACUUCAUCUAUAACAACUUUAUUGUGGGGACACCGAGAUCAGAAGGUCUAAUCAUCAGCAGACAGAAAAUCCUGCAUCUUAAUUUCAGCUGUGCUUAUCCUCAAUCACAAACACUUUCCAUGAAUGUGGAAAUCAAUCCACUGGGGAGCAUGGUGAACAAGACUCUUCCCGCUGGUGAAGGCAGAUAUCAGGUCCGGAUGAUCCCAUAUGAGGAUGAUGAGUUUACCCGGCCCUUCACUGGUCGAGUGAAUGCAGAGCUCGACCAGGAGAUGCAUGUGGAAGUUCGUGUUGAGGGGGUCGACAGCCGCCAGUUCGCCCUGGUGAUGGACACGUGUUGGGCUACACCUGUGAAUGAUCCCGAUUACAGCCUCCGCUGGGACCUCAUCCUUUCAGAGUGUCCGAAUCCAGAUGACGACACAGUGGAUCUGCUGCAGAACGGCGUCUCGACAUCCAGCCGUUUCUCCUUCAGGAUGUUCAUCUUCACUGCAAACUCCACUAAGCUUUAUCUGCACUGUGCUGUUCACCUUUGCCUUCUGUCAAGCAAUCGCUGCUCAACGAACUGUUCCUCUGGACACCAGCGGAGAGAGCGCAGGUCUCUGGACUUCCAUGACAGUGCUUCCAUAUCCAUGGGUCCUCUGGUUUGGUCUGAACGGAGCUCAGACAUACCGAUCCCAGAUAAAGUGCAAGGGUCCGGGGCACCAGGCCUGUGUGGUUCCUUGUUCCUUUUGAUGGUUUCACUCCUUAGUGCCUACACUUUGCUGUAUGUUUAGACAUACAAUUACCUUUGAAUUCUCUGAUUAUACAUUUUUAAAAAGAUCUGAUUUGUACACUGUACAUCGAAUUAGGAACAAUUAAGAUUGAUAAAUUGUUCUGCUUUGACUUGUAUUUGCACCUAAUAAUAAUGAUGACCAUUAAGUUUACUUUCUCUGUCCAGUAUGGUAAAAAAAAAAAGAAUUGAUUUGAUUGCUUCUUUCUUUAUUUUCAAUUGUACUUAAAUGUACUUACAUUUUUUGAAAUCCUCACCAAACUGUGAUUAUGUGAAACUGUCCGGUCCCUGUGUAAUUUUAUGAUGGCAAUAGGCCGCCUUGAUUUCUGAAGGGUGUCCUGACCUUCUACUGCUUCUAAGGACAUGGAUUUAAAGGUCUAAUAUUAAAUAUAUAUAUAUAUAU